CCACUAACCAGCUGUCAAAAUGGCGACCAAGAAUGGGUCAUCAAGGCAAUUUUGGAGAAUAUUCCCUCUUACCGUCCUAUCGCUAGUCGUUUUGUUCUGUAGUUGCAAUGCGUUUGUCAAAGAGCUUGACGACAGCUUUUCAUCUCUGAUGAAGGAGGGCAGCUGGUUGGUGGAGUUCUAUGCUCCUUGGUGUGGUUAUUGCAAGAAACUGGAACCUAUAUGGGCUGAAGUAGGGAAAACUCUUCAUGGAUCAUCUAUCACAGUUGCAAAAUUAGAUGCUACUAGAUACUCAGCAUUAGCAAAACACUUUGGUAUCAGAGGAUUCCCUUCAAUUAAAUUUAUUAAGGGUAAACGAGUUAUAACAUUUGAAGGUGAACGCACAGUCCAGGACUUUGUUCAAUUUGCAGAGAAGGCCAACAGACCAGCGGUUACUGAGCUCAAGGAUGUAGCCCAAAUGGAAAGAGUAAAAAAGGAGAAAAGCGUCUGCUUUUUCCUGGUUACAAGCAAUGACAAUCCAGAGUUGUCAGAAAAACUUAAAGAAGUUUAUUUUCAAGUUGCUGAAAAUAAGGUUACUCAAAGCUAUUUUUAUCAAAUUGACCAGGGGGCUUUACCAGAGGAUGAUCAGGUAAAAGCACCAGCUGUCAUUGUUUCAAAAGAUAGUUCCAUUUCCAUGUUUGAAGUUUCAGACAAUGUAACUGAAGAGAGUACUUUAUCUGGAUGGGUAAAUAAUGAAAGAUUUGAAGCAUUUGUUCAUGUCACCAGAUCAAAUUUUCAUGAUAUCACCACAACUGGUAAAAUGAUGCUGUUAACUGUACUGGCAGAACAAAAGAGUAAAAAGAAAAUGAAUGAAAGAGUCAGCAAAAUUGUCAAAAGUGUGGCUGUAAAUGAACGGGAAAGAUUUCACAGGCAUUUUCAGUUUGGAUGGAUGUUGGGGGAUACUAUUGCAACAAAUCUCAUGAUGAGUACAAUGUCAGCCCCAUUCUUAAUGGCAUACAACAGUACAAAUCAUGUGUAUUACUUGAAGCAGUACAUAGAGAUAAAAGAGGAAUUUACUGAACAACAGCUGGUGUCUUUCCUUGAAGAUGUAUUGGAGGGUCGUGCAAAGGGAUAUGGUGGGGACUCGUAUUUUCAAAGAUUUUAUAGGGGGAUUUGGGAACUUCUCAGAUCGAUUUACGAAAUCUGGACCACCCAACCCAUUGCUGCUCUUCUGAUGUUUGGCUUCCCUCUACUGGUGUUCUCGUUUCUAAUCUAUAUGCUUUGCAUUGCUGACUCCGGACCUGAGGAGGACGAUUUCGAAGAGCUUGAAGAUGAAGGCGCCGAGUUUAUAGAUGAUAAAGAUGGAGAAAGAGAACUUAAAGCAACUGAGGAGGAAUUUGAUCCAAAUCCAAAACCAAAGACAGAAUAAUCGCUUUAUUCAGAAACAUUACAAUUGUUGUGGCGGCAUCUACUUUUCCAGAAUCGCAAUGGUAGAAGGAACCCUUCAGAGAUGUCCAGGUUUUUCUGAGGAGCAAGCCAGAAUGGUUCAUCCUAGCCUAUAUAAGAAGCGGUUUUUCGUCCAGCGCUUAAUGAUAAUAAAGAUAGCAGAGUGGCGACUGUGAGUGGUAAAACUAUAACAUUACUUCCCGAGUUCCACGCGGCUCCGCUGCUCGCGGUUUCGAGGUGCACACGAAACCCUCAUCUACGCAGGCUAGGUACUUGGUCAGCUGCUUAGAGUCCAUUUCAAUCGAGCGUGGUAAAACCAAAACCAGUGUUCACACAACAGCCACCGCGAGCCAAGGGGAAAUGUUACAUGGAGCCGAUGAGGAUGAAUGGGAAAACAAGUUAAAAACAAGCACACUGCAAAAAGCUAACGAAAAUGAGAGUGAUCAAGUUAGGAUUGGUUUUUAACUAUGCGAGGUUCCUUGACCAACUACAAAUACAACUUGAGUGCAGUCACUCAUGCCUUCCCAACCUCGUUACCAGGGUCGAGCCUGAGAACGAGGUUGAUGCCAUCUGUGCAGACUCUCCUAAGGCUUAGGAAAUCCACCAUCAAUUCAGCGACUAGAAGCAUAUCCAAACCUCAGUAGACCGUCUGGCAUCUUAGUUCUGGGAGUCACCUUAUACACACAGCUUUUCUUACCAGGCCGAAUUUCACGCAUUACGGAUGACUUUUAAGACCACUUACUACGUAGAGCAAAGCUAUCAGAUAGUGGCGACUGAACUUAUCCUCUGCUUUUCACAGUCUAUUCGUUGCCUUUACUGGGCAGUUAAUUCAGUUUACUCCAUACACACAAUUGAAAGAAAGUUAAUAAAUAUAUGCCUGAAUCAACUCA